UGUGUCGCGCCUCUGUCCAGCCUUCCAGACUCGGUCCUGCGGGACUCGGGGUGUUCGAGUGUCCCCUACCCCACGGCGCCUGCCUAGUAGGGAUGGGGAGAACAGGGACUCUCGGCGGGGACACUAAGACAGAUAAGUCUUGAAAGGCAGGAGGGGUCCAGGCAGGCUGUGGGGCGGGACCGAGGCAGGGCUCUGGCAGACAACAGGAUGCAAAGCGGGUGACUCUGGGAGUGGAGCGCUGGAGGUGGGGUACACAGUGAGAGCAGGGGAGAGAGAGUCAGAGACAGACAGAUAUCGGGGAGCUCUCGGAGCCCACCACCACGCCAACACCCGGAGGGGAAAGUUGCAGGCACUGUAACUCCUGCAGCCGAAGCGCAUGCUGCUACUUGAGGAGAUGGGGUCCGAAACGGUCCCUUCAACGCUUCAAGCCACUCUUUCCCACUCAGGACACCCCUCUGCGUUCGCAAAUGGCAGGGAAAUCGCUAAAGAAAAGGAUUGCACAAACUUUUGAAAAGCAUCCAAGAAACAGUAAAGGGGAGAAAAAUGUCAGCCCAAACGGAGAGAGGAAACAGGGCCACUUGAAAUUCCCCGAUUUUCUCUCUGGUUGUGGGCGGGGAAAGGAGGGGCCGAGGAUGUCAGCGCACUCCUCCCCCAAGGACGGAACUGAGACCCAGGCGGCUCUUUUUAAGGGUUUACUUGUCAUUUGCACACCUUCUGCUUCUGGAGCCGACCUAGCUUCCUCCUUCAUUUACCUGGUAGUAGGAGGCGCGUUUCUUGCCAGCAGAUGCAGGGUGGAGUCCUGGCCUAGCCGCUUCCCGGCUGGGAGAUAUUUUUCCGGGAAGACCCUCAGGUUCCUGGCUUGUGAAAUAGGAGUAGUUCUGGAGAUCUCACUCUUUGGGAGUUGGACUCAGCACCUUCCCGGACUCUGAGCCCUGCCUCCUCCUGUGGGACAGACUGAACUCUGUCAUUUUGCAUUUUGCUCUGGAGGGAAAGAAGCAGACGAUGAGGAGAAAAUAAUGAAUGUCAAAGGAAAAGUAAUUCUGUUAAUGCUGGUCGCUUCAACUGCAAUUGUUGUGUUUUUGGAAUACAUCAACAGCCCAGAAGGCUCUUUCUUGUGGAUAUAUCCCUCAAAAAACCCUGAAGUUGGUACCAACAGCAGCCGGAAGGGCUGGUGGUUUCCGAGCUGGUUUGAGGAUGGGACCCACAAUUAUCAAGAGGAAGAAGUCAACAUAGAAGGAACAAAAGAAGAGCUUCCGCUAUCAGCCUGGUUUGAUCCAACGAAACGCCCGGAGGUUGUGACGGUGACUGGGUGGCAGGCGCCAGUUAUAUGGGAAGACACCUACAAUACAGCCGUCCUAGAAAGUUACUACUCCAAACGUAAAAUCACCGUGGGGUUGACAGUCUUUGCGACUGGAAGAUACAUUGAUCAUUACUUGGAGGAGUUCAUAACAUCUGCUAACAAGCACUUCAUGGCUGGUCACAAAGUCAUAUUUUACAUAAUGGUGGAUGAUGUCUCCAGGAUACCGUUCAUAGAGCUGGGGCCUCUGCGCUCCUUCAAAGUGUUUGAGAUCAAGCCUGAGAAGAGGUGGCAGGACAUCAGCAUGAUGCGCAUGAAGACCAUUGGGGAGCACAUUUUGGCUCACAUCCAGCAUGAGGUUGACUUCCUCUUCUGCAUGGAUGUGGACCAGGUCUUCCAAGACAAUUUUGGCGUGGAGACUCUGGGCCAGCUGGUGGCUCAACUACAGGCCUGGUGGUACAAGGCGGAUCCCAGGGAGUUUACCUAUGAGAGGCGGGAAGAGUCAGCAGCUUACAUUCCAUUUGGACAGGGGGAUUUUUAUUACCACGCAGCCAUUUUCGGAGGAACACCGAGCCAGGUUCUCAACCUCACCCAGGAAUGCUUUAAAGGAAUCCUCCAGGACAAGAAAAAUAACAUAGAAGCUAAGUGGCAUGACGAAAGCCAUCUGAACAAGUAUUUCCUUCUCAACAAACCCACUAAAAUCUUAUCACCGGAAUACUGCUGGGAUUAUCACAUAGGCCUGCCUGAAGAGAUUAGAAAUGUCAAACUAUCUUGGCAGACAAAGGAGUAUAAUUUGGUCAGGAAUAACGUCUGAUUUCAAAUUGUGCUGCUAGAUUUUCUGAACUUGAGAGAGUAUUAUUCUGGCCAGUUCCUCAGCAAAGUCAUUUUAACUUU